GCUAUAAUUGUCUCUCUCUCUCAAAAGUCAAAACAUCUUCCAACACUGAAGAAAGACAGAACUGCGCUUGUAGAAAGCUGUGAGUUUUGGGCUCUGUUGUACUUGUUUUUUUUUGUUGUAAUAAUGGAGAAGAUAGUGAGAUGCGUCCGGUGGGGUUAUGAGGAUAAUGCCUCUUCCGAUGAUUAAUGCAUGAACGCAAUUGACUCCUAUUUUCAACAGGUUCUUAGUUAUGGGAGGAACAUGAAAGUGAUUCUUGAAGCACCACUACACGACAAAGAUUGUGUUUUGGGGAACAUUUUAGCUGCUCAUUACCUUUCCUCAUGUGAUCCUUCCAAAGUUAAUCUCUACGUUAAAUCUGCGUCUAGUAAACUUAAAUUAAAAAAUGGAUCAAUCGCGGGUCACCAUGUAUAAGUGAGACUGGUGUUUAAAUAGGCUGCAGAAGAGCUGGUGUUUAAAAUUUUGAACGCUCUACACCUUAUGAGAAAGCCGUUUUCGAGACUGUUACUUACUUGAUUUCAGAGGACAAGGAUGACGACUUGGCUUUUGAAAUGCACAUCGAGCUACUUAAAAGAUUCCCAAAGGACUUGGUCUAUCUGAAGAGAGCUCAGGUUUUAAGUUUCCAGAUGGCUAAGCCUGUUCCCUUUUUGAAUCUUGUUCAGCAGGUUCUACCUGAGAAUCAAGAUGAAAGUUAUAUACACGGUAUGCUUGCGUUCCCAUUGUUAGAACUUGGUCGAAUGGAAGAAGCCGCAGCUGCUUCCAGAAAAGGCUAUGGGAUAAACAAAGAAGACGCCUUGGCACAUCACUGCGUGAGUUGUUUCAAACAAGUUGACAUCUCAUUCAGCAUUUUAGGGUUUUCUUUUUCUUGUAAAGAUUUAACUUUGUUUGUUGCAGUUUUGUCAUGUUCUUCAACAUAAAUGUCAUUUUAAAGAAGCAGUGGAGUUCAUGGAAGAACUGGCAGAAUAUUGACUUUCUUGCACAUCAUUCUUGUGUACACACAAUUGGUGGCAUGUUGCCCUCUGUUACUUGGAAGGAGGGUCACCAAUGAGUAAAGUGAAGGAGAUUUAUGAUAAUCACAUCUGGAAAGAACUGGAGAAAGAGGACGCCAUUCCUCCAGAGGUUUAUCUCAAUGCUCUGGGUUUGUUCUUGCGUUUGGAUGUAAGAGAUGUUCUUGAUGGUUUUAAAGACCGUCUGGAACUCCUUGCUGCUCGUUUAACUGAUCAGGCAAACUGGUAUUUGGACUGGCAGCUAGAUAUACUGAUAGUUUGGGCGCUGGCGAAGGUUGGAGAGACUUCAAUGGCUCAUGAAUUACUUGAGGGUCUGAAGUUCCGACUAUCAAAGAUGAACAAGACGAAACAACAAGUGAUGCAGAAAGCGAUUCAGCUGGGAGAAGCUGUGUACGAAUACGCGAAGGGUAACUACAAACAGGCUCUAUGUUUACUUGGUUCAGAUUUUAAUGCCAUUGACUAUAAGAUCAUUGCGGCAUCAGAUGAACAGAUAGAUGUUUUCAAUGAAGUAUGGUGCCAGCCGCUGCUAAAGACAGGCCAAUCGUCCACUGCCAAAGAAGUUAUCAGAAAGAGGAUAAAGGUCAGAGAAGGUUCUCCUUUCACGUGGCGUUUGCAGGAGAAGAGCUAUGCCAUGGAAGGUGAUGCAGAGGCUCUGAAUGCAGGACAGAGAGCUAAAAUGCUGGAAUCCUCUUAUUUCUAAGGAGGGUCUUUUUCAACCAUGUUAAAAUUCAUUCUAAAGAAUUUAGAUUAUAUAUAAUAUUCAAAAUUUGAAAUCCCUUGUAUUUAAAAGAUAAGUAUUAUAACAUUGAAAUAUGCAUGUGACAUCACUACAAUGAUUUAUAGAAUCCUUAAA